UGAUGCUCUAGUCCCCGCCUUCUGUCAUAGUAUUAAUUUCGCAGGCAGACACGCUCUAGGAUUUACUGCACGGAGAACAGACACAGUUUGACACUGAACUGGACCAAUAACUUCUGCAAAAAUGGUUGAUGCUUUCUGUGCUACAUGGAAACUGGUCGACAGCCAGAACUUUGAUGAAUACAUGAAGGCACUUGGGGUUGGUUUUGCCACAAGACAAGUGGGCAAUGUCACCAAACCGACAGUAGUGAUCAGCCAGGAUGGAGACAAAGUGGUGCUAAAAACCCUUAGUACCUUCAGAAACACUGAGAUAUCUUCCAAACUGGGAGAGGAGUUUGAUGAGACCACAGCUGAUGACCGGCAUGUUAAAUCUACCUUCACCAUGGAAGGAGAUAAACUUGUGCAAGUGCAGAAGUGGGAUGGCAAGGAGACCAAGUUUGUCAGAGAAAUCAAGGAUGGCAAGCUGGUGGCGACUUUGACUUUUGAGGGAGUCGAGGCAGUCCGCACAUAUGAGAAAGCCUAACUUUACCAUCUACUCGACUGUGCAAAUCCUCCCUGCACUGCAAUCAAAUUUGUAUUUUUGGAUGUUUGAAACAGUAUGCAGUGAUAUGCAAUUGUCACAUGAGAUAAAUAUUUUGGGAAAACAUUUGUAAGAUAUUUUGUAAGAAUUACAGACUGUGAAGGGCCUAAAACGGUUUACUUCUGUGUAUCACAUGUGAAAAAGGGAAAAAUAAACUGCUUGACCUAAACCUUC